AUGGCGUCUGAAAACACAGAAACCCCCACUGUACCGGCUGGCGGGCCACUUGCAUCUCGGAUCUCAAUGCCGGAAACAAAAGAUGACCCUCCUGCUACAGAGCCCAAAGCACCAGAAGAAACAGAUGCCGGCAAGACCACUUCGAUCCCCCAAGUCGAUGGCGCCUCCGGGCCUCAACAAGGCUCCGACCUUCAAGACUCGGAAUAUGAUGUCAGCGUUAAGCUUAGCGAUAUGCAGGCGGACCCUAAUAACCCCCUUUACUCUAUUAAGUCCUUCGAGGAGCUCGGCCUUGCCCCUCCUAUACAAAAGGGUCUCUCUACAAUGAACUUCCGCCGUCCUUCAAAGAUCCAAGAAAGAGCUUUGCCGCUUCUAAUGGCUAAUCCUCCAACAAAUAUGAUCGGCCAAUCGCAAUCCGGUACUGGAAAGACAGCCGCAUUCGUGCUAAACGUUCUAAGUCGUCUUGAUUUAAGUCCAGAGAACCAAGCUAUUCCCCAGGCGCUUGUUCUUGCACCAAGUCGAGAGUUAGCGCGACAGAUUGUUGGUGUUAUUCAAGCUAUGGGUGCUUUCAUUGAAGGACUCCACGUGGCGACUGCUGUUCCCAUGGAGCUGAAUCGAAACCAAAGCGUACAGGCAUCUGUGGUUGUUGGAACCCCGGGAACUGUUCAGGAUCUUAUCAAGAAGCGACUCUUCAAUACACAACAUUUGAGAGUUUUGGUAUUGGACGAAGCCGAUAACAUGUUGGACCAACAAGGCCUUGGAGAUCAAUGUAUUCGUGUUAAAGGUUUACUCCCCAGAACCAUUCAAGUGGUUUUGUUUUCUGCCACCUUCCCUGACCACGUCGUUCGCUACGCAAACAAAUUCGCGCCAAAUGCCAAUCAGCUCACUCUCAAACAUGAAGAACUCACAGUGGAGGGUAUUAAACAGUUCUACUUGGAUUGUGAAUCUGAUCAGCACAAAUAUGAAAUUUUAGUCAAAUUCUACGGACUUAUGACAGUUGGAUCUUCCAUCAUUUUCGUGAAGACGCGUACUUCGGCAGCAGAGAUCGAACGACGUAUGGUUGCAGAGGGUCAUACGGUUGUCUCAUUGACCGGUGGCAUCGAAGGCCAAAAACGUGAUGAAAUUAUUGACCGCUUCCGGAAUGGUUCUGCAAAAGUUCUCAUUACAACUAAUGUGCUUGCCCGAGGAAUCGAUGUCUCAACAGUUUCCAUGGUUAUUAACUACGAUAUCCCGGAAAUACAUCAACCUGGGCAUCAUCAACGCAUGGCCGAUGCUCAGACUUACCUGCACCGUAUUGGGCGAACUGGCCGCUUUGGUCGCGUCGGUGUUGCCGUAUCUUUUGUCUCUAAUAGAGAUGAAUGGCAGAUGCUCCAGGACAUCCAGAAAUAUUUUGACACCAACAUUGAGCGCGUUGACGCACGCGACUGGGAUGACGUAGAAGCCAAAGUUAAGAAGAUCAUCAAACCAUCGGCCAGACGUUAA